GGACCGGGCUCGCGCUGGAGUUGCGGACACCCGUCGACGCUGCCGUCUCCCUCGGGACCUCCUUCGCCGCCACUGGCCGUCACCAUGCACCCGGACCUGCGCAAGGAGCGGGCCUCCGCCAGCUUCAACCCGGAGCUGCUUACCCACGUCCUGGACGGCAGCCCCGAGAACACCCGGCGCCGCCGAGAGAUCGAGAACAUGAUUCUGAACGACCCAGCCUUCCAGCACGAGGACAUGAACUUCCUCACUCGCAGCCAGCGUUACGAGGUGGCUGUCAGGAAGAGUGCCACCAUGGUAAAGAAGAUGAGGGAGUUUGGCAUCGCAGACCCUGAUGAAAUCAUGUGGUUUAAAAAACUACAUUUGAUCAAUUUUGUGGAACCUGUGGGCCUCAAUUACUCCAUGUUUAUUCCUACCUUGCUGAAUCAGGGCACCACUGCUCAGAAAGAGAAAUGGCUGCUUUCAUCCAAAGGACUCCAGAUAAUUGGCACCUACGCCCAGACGGAAAUGGGCCACGGAACUCAUCUUCGAGGUUUGGAAACCACAGCCACGUAUGACCCUGAGACCCAAGAAUUUAUUCUCAACAGUCCUACUGUGACCUCCAUUAAGUGGUGGCCUGGGGGGCUUGGAAAAACUUCAAAUCAUGCAAUAGUUCUUGCCCAGCUCAUCACUAAAGGAAAAUGCUAUGGAUUACAUGCCUUCAUUGUACCUCUUCGUGAAAUCGGGACCCAUAAGCCUUUGCCAGGUAUUACUGUUGGUGACAUCGGCCCCAAAUUUGGUUAUGAUGAGAUGGAUAAUGGCUACCUCAAAAUGGACAACUACCGAAUUCCCAGAGAAAACAUGCUGAUGAAGUAUGCCCAGGUGAAGCCUGAUGGCACAUAUGUGAACCCACUGAGUAACAAGUUGACUUAUGGGACCAUGGUGUUUGUUAGAUCCUUUCUUGUGGGACAAGCUGCUCAAAGUCUGUCCAAGGCAUGCACCAUUGCUGUCCGGUACAGCGCUGUAAGGCACCAGUCCGAAAUCAAGCCAGGUGAACCAGAACCUCAGAUUUUGGAUUUCCAAACCCAGCAAUAUAAACUCUUUCCACUACUGGCCACUGCCUAUGCCUUCCAGUUUGUAGGUGCAUACAUGAAGGAAACCUAUCAUCGGAUUAAUGAAGGCAUUGGCCAAGGGGACCUGACUGAACUGCCUGAGCUUCAUGCCCUCACCGCUGGGCUUAAGGCUUUUACCUCCUGGACGGCAAACACUGGUAUCGAAGCAUGUCGGAUGGCUUGUGGCGGGCAUGGCUAUUCUCAUUGCAGUGGUCUUCCAAACAUUUAUGUCAAUUUCACCCCAACCUGUACCUUUGAGGGCGAAAACACUGUCAUGAUGCUACAGACGGCUAGGUUCCUGAUGAAAAGUUAUGACCAAGUGCACUCAGGAAAGUUGGUAUGUGGCAUGGUGUCCUACUUGAAUGACCUGCCUAGUCAGCGUAUCCAGCCACAGCAGGUAGCUGUCUGGCCAACUGUGGUGGACAUCAACAGCACCGACAGCCUAACUGAAGCUUAUAAACUCCGUGCAGCCAGAUUAGUAGAAAUUGCUGCAAAAAACCUUCAAACAGAAGUGAUUCACAGAAAGAGCAAGGAGGUAGCAUGGAACCUAACUUCUGUUGACCUCGUUCGAGCAAGUGAGGCACAUUGCCACUAUGUGGUAGUUAAACUCUUUUCAGAAAAACUCCUCAAAAUUCAAGAUAAAUCCGUUCAAGCUGUCUUAAGGAAUUUGUGUCUUUUGUAUUCUCUGUAUGGAAUCAGUCAAAAGGCAGGGGAUUUUCUUCAGGGGAACAUCAUAACAGAAUCUCAAAUUACCCAAGUAAACCAACAUAUAAAGGAAUUACUCACUCUGAUUCGCCCCAAUGCAGUCGCUUUGGUUGAUGCAUUUGAUUUUCAGGAUGUGACACUUGGCUCUGUGCUUGGCCGCUAUGAUGGGAAUGUGUAUGAAAACUUGUUUGAAUGGGCUAAGAACUCCCCACUGAACAAAGCCGAGGUCCACGAAUCUUAUUACAAGCACCUGAAGCCGCUGCAGUCCAAGCUGUGAAGUGUCACAGGGGCAAAUUUCAUCUGCUCUAGAUAGCUGCUGUAUGCAACUCUAUACCUGACACACAAAUCUAUGUGAAAUCUUUAUCAAAUUCAAAUCAUUAUAGUGCAAAUCAUAAAUUGACCCCUUUCCUCUUUUUAUAAAUGAAGGGGGAAAUCAUGACCAGAUUUCAGAGAUUAAAUUGAAAAAAAAAGUGUUUUAAGUGCAAUUAACAUUUAAUGAGACCCGUUAGCAUUCAGAAAAAGCUUAAGAAAUGGCAGUAUGACUUCAUUUGUAAUGCUGCUAAUCCCAGUAGGCUAUGACUUUUGAUAAUCUGCAAAAUUUAACUACUAAGUAGUUAAUUAUUUUCACAUUGUAAUCACUGGCUACACAAGUGUUUUUAAGCAAAGGUGGUUUUGAAGUGGGGUAGGACCCUUCCAGGCUUUCCUUGCUAAAUGUUCUACCCCUUCUGGCUAAGAAGCGGAACUGGAGAAAAAGGACUGGGGGAAGAAACUCAUCAAAAAACUUAACAUGGGUGAGUUUGUGCUUGACACUUUUGGCCUGCUUGCCCUCCUUUGCUGAUGGAUUGCUCCUGUGAAACUAUUC